AUGACUCGUCCUAUUGUCAUCUCUGGUCCAAGUGGUACUGGUAAAUCCACAUUAUUGAAGAGAUUAUUCGCUGAAUUCCCAAAUAAUUUCGGUUUCAGCGUUUCUUCCACUACAAGAUCUCCAAGACCUGGUGAAGUUAAUGGUACCGAUUACAACUUCGUCACUGUCGACCAUUUCAAGGAAAUGAUUGAUCAAGACAAGUUCAUCGAGUGGGCCCAGUUUUCCGGUAAUUAUUACGGUACCACAGUGGACUCCGUCAAGGAAGUUAGUGAAUCCGGUAAGACUUGUAUCUUGGACAUCGAUAUGCAAGGUGUCAAAGCUGUUAAGACCAAGUCAGAUUUGAACGCCAGAUUCUUGUUUAUUGCUCCACCAUCUGUCGAGGAUUUAAGAAAGAGAUUAGAAGGUAGAGGUACCGAAACUGAAGAAUCAUUAACAAAGAGAUUGAACGCUGCCACUGCGGAACUAGAAUAUGCAGAAACAGGUGCCCAUGACAAAAUUAUUGUCAAUGAUGAUUUAGAAAAGGCUUACGCUGAAUUUAAGGACUUUAUCCUCGACCAAAACUGA